AUGGAUCGCUCGUCGUCGCGGCCGGCGAGCCCGGGGUACGGGCGGCGGGGCGCGUACGCGCAGCAGCACAGCCACGGCGCCAGCAGCGCGCAGACGUCGCCGGGCGGGUCCCCUACGGCGUCGCCCGUGCACCGCCACUCGCGCUCGGGCUCGCUCGGCGGGGCCGGCUCCGCCUCCACCGUCGGCCGCCGGGGCGCGGGGGCCGCCGCCGCCGCGCGGAACAGCGCCGCGCGCGCCGCCGCGCAGCGCCUCGCGCGCGUCAUGGGCGGGGGCGGGGGAGGGGACGCCGGGAGCGGCAGCGACGACGAGGACUACGAGCUCUCCGGCCCGCCCAUCGAGCUCUCCAUCACCCCGCGCCGCCCCGGCAACCGGUCACCAUCCCCCUCGAUAGGUCGUUACCUUGCGGAUCAGGCGCCGGUGAGCCGUCCACCCUCGUUGACAAACCGGUAUGUGCCCGGGAAGUCGGUUCCCAUGAUCCCUUCCAUCAAGCAAUCAAAUCGGCCAGCGACCAGCGGGCCAGGGUCGGAAUCGUCCGCCCCAAGCCGAAGGGAGCAAAGGAGAUCGGUUGAUCUUGGAAGCUCGAUGAGAGGACGCCGCUCUUCUUCUUCUCUUAAUGAUGAGCUUAACACACUUCAAAUGGAAAAUGAUAGCAUGUACGACAAGCUUCAGCUUGAAGACGAUAGAUCUGAUGAAGCAGAUGCCAAGUCCAUAAACAUGGAGAGACAGGCUUCUAUUAUUGGUGAUGCUAUAGAACCAGAGGUCAAUUUGAUUAGUAGAAGGGCUGCAGCACUAGAACAGAGAAAGGCUUCAAUGAGAAUUGCUUCAAGAAGGGUUAACAGUGCAAGCUGUGAUGAGAUUACAGCCCUUCGAUCAGAAGCAAAGGUUGCUAGCGAGUUGGUCACAUCUGUAUCUCGGCGUGUAAAAGGUGCUGGAUCAGAACAGAGAUCUCUUCAUGCAACAUCCAAUAGAAUGAUGCUGUCACAAGAAGAAAUGGAGGAGGUGGUGCUAAAGAGAUGUUGGCUUGCGCGCUACUGGAAAUUAUCUGUUAGACUUGGUAUACAUUCUGAUAUAGCUGAGCAAAAAUUAGAACACUGGUCCUCAGUUGCACCACUUGCACUUGAAGUUGUCCUAUCAAUUGGACAAAAGGCUAGAGAUGGAACUUUAUCAGAUAAUGACGUAAAUGAUACGGCUGGAGACGGAAAUAUUGAAAGCAUGCUUCUAGUUGAGAAAGGACUGCGCGAAUUAGCUUCGCUCAAGGUAGAAGAUGCAAUCAUGCUCGCUUUAGCAGAACAUCGACGUUUCAGACCUCUCUCAGGCCCAGUUUAUCCCGCUGAAAAUCACAGCUCUUCAGAGCCACUCGAGUUAAGUGAGGAAGAGCGGGAAGAUGUACGCUUCAAGCAGGCAUGGUUGACAUACUUUUGGAGGCGGGCCAAAAAUCAUGAUGUAGAGGAAGAUAUAGCUGACGAGCGGCUACAAUUUUGGAUAGAGCAAGGCAAUCAGCCAGUUACUACAAGCGAUGUCAUCGAAGUUGAUAGAGGACUUCAUGAGCUGAAGAAGCUGGGAGUCGAGUCUCAGCUGUGGGAGGCGACGAGGAGAUCUCUUGACGAUGAUUUCAGUAAUCAUGGGAGUCCAUUUGGAUCUGAAGUUUAGGCAACACAUAAUCAGAACGAAGCCUAGUGCCAAUUUUGCGCUGUCACAGGCCCUAGAGCCUCUUCAUUUUGGUUUUUCAGUUUAUGGUUUCUUCCACCACAUCAUGUAAAUUUUCUGAUCAGAACAAAGAGAUGAUUCUGUCUUCUAGGCCUUUUUCUUUACCUUAAUUAAUGUAUUGUGUCAAAGCAAUAGUGAGUAAUUCUGGAACCAUCAAGAUUAAUUCAGGA